AUGAAUUUUCGCCUUCUUCCUGAUGGUGCUGUACCCCCUUCGCCCAUUUUAGUACUUUUUCCUGUAUACCUCCUCCAGGCUCACACCUCCAGGUAUACCUCUUCCAGGCUCACACCUCCAGGUGUACCUCCUCCAGGCUCACACCUCCAGGUAUACCUCUUCCAGGCUCACACCUCCAGGUGUACCUCCUCCAGGCUCUCACCUCCAGGUAUACCUCCUCCAGGCUCACACCUCCAGGUGUACCUCCUCCAGGCUCACACCUCCAGGUAUACCUCCUCCAGGCUCACACCUCCAGAUAUACCUCCUCCAGGCUCACACCUCCAGGUAUACAUCCUCCAGGCUCACACCUCCAGGUAUACCUCCUCCAGGCUCACACCUCCAGGUAUACCUCCAGGUAUACCUCCUCCAGGCUCACACCUCCAGGUAUACCUCUUCAGGGCUCACACCUCCAAGUAUACCUCCUCCAGCCUCACUCCUCCAGGUGUACCUCCUCCAGCCUCACUCCUCCAGGAUGACUACUCCAGGUAUACCUCCUCCAGCCUCACACCUCCAGGUAUACCUCCUCCAGGCUCACACCUCCAGGUAUACCUCCUCCAAACUCACACCUCCAGGUAUACCUCCUCCAGGCUCACACCUCCAGGUAUACCUCCUCCAGGCUCACACCUCCAGGUAUACCUCCUCCAGCCUCACUCCUCCAGGUAUACCUCCUCCAGACUCACACCUCCAGGUAUAUACCUCCUCCAGGCUCACACCACCAGGUAUACCUCCACCAGCCUCACACCUUCAGGUGUACCUCCUCCAGCCUCACUCCUCCAGGUAUAUACCUCCUCCAGGCUCACACCUCCAGGUAUACGUCCUCCAGCCUCACACCUCCAGGUAUACCUCCUCCAGCCUCACUCCUCCAGGUAUAUACCUCAUCCAGGCUCACACCUCCAGGUAUAUACCUCCUCCAGCCUCACACCUCCAGGUAUAUACCUCCUCCAGGCUCACACCUCCAGGUAUAUACCUCCCCCAGCUUCACACCUCCAGGUAUAUACCUCCUCCAGGCUCACACCUCCAGGUAUACCUCCUCCAGCCUCACACCUCCAGGUAUAUACCUCCUCCAGGCUCACACCUCUAGGUGUACCUCCUCCAGCCUCACACCUCCAGGUAUAUACCUCCUCCAGGCUCACACCUCCAGGUAUACCUCCUCCAGCCUCACACCUCCAGGUAUACCUCCUCCAGCCUCACACCUCCAGGUAUACCUCCUCCAGCCUCACACCUCCAGGUAUAUACCUCCUCCAGGCUCACACCUCCAGGUAUACCUCCUCCAGCCUCACACCUCCAGGUAUAUACCUCCUCCAGGCUCACACCUCCAGGUAUACCUCCUCCAGCCUCACACCUCUAGGUAUACCUCCUCCAGCCUCACACCUCCAGGUAUAUACCUCCUCCAAGCUCACACCUCCAGGUAUACCUCCCCCAGCUUCACACCUCCAGGUAUACCUCCUCCAGCCUCACACCUCCAGGUAUAUACCUCCUCCAGGCUCACACCUCCAGGUAUACCUCCUCCACUCCAAAACAAUGUAUCAUGUUGAAGCAAUUCCUUCAUCGGCCGGAGUCUUCAAGUGUCCCAGACCUUUAUACUUAAAAUAA